AAGACGAAGAUUGGAAGUUACCCUUGAAGAUUGGUAUCUUUGCUCUAGCUUGUUGGAAAUUCCAGUCAAGCAAGAAUGGUAUAGUAUAUGGCCUGGAAAUGAAGGUUGCAAUGGAAGAAGCUUCUAGAAUCAGAGCAAGAUGUUUCCCCAUUGAUGAAGAUAUUGAUGUCACCUUAGAAAAGAUAUCAAAAGUUUUCUCUUGGGUUCUGCUAUGGAAACAAUUGUCUGCUAACGCCUCUAAAGACUACACUAGAGCAUCUUACCGUGAAUAUAUUGCUAACGAGAGAAAAAACUAUCCGGAAUUUGUCAAGGUGGUUGAUGAUGAUAGAGAAAAGUUUAUGUUUGAGAAAAUUCGAACUUUUAGAAAAAACGUUGUAGCGGUGGUUGGGAUGGGUCACAUGGAUGGAAUCGAAUUAUUGUGGAAACAUGCAGAGGAGGAUAUGCUUCUAAAAAGGAGAAAUGUAGAGGAGGGUGAUAAUAACCAACAUCUCUCAUCAAAAAAGAAAAAACACAAUAAGCAACGUCGUCAUCAGAAGAAAAAAAAUGCGGUAGCCAUGGUUACAAGCAACCAGAACAAGUUGAAGCAAAAACUCUGUUGGAGGCUAUAAUAUGGGCAAGGCGAAAAGGAUAUCGGAAUGUGAAUCUGGAGGGUGAUUGUUUGAACGUUAUUAAUGCUUUAAAUGGUAGAUUAGAUUCAAUAAAAUGGACCACAAUGAACUUGAUCACUGAUCGUUGUAGUGUUUGAAAUCCUUUUGAUAGUUAGAAAUGCACACAUGUGCUUAGAGAUGUUAACCAUGUUGCUCAUAAGAUUGCAAAACAUGGAAUAAACAUAAUGUCUGAGGAAGAAUGGUCGAACU